AUGACUGAAACCAAAAAGACUUGGAUUGAUGUCCAAAAAAGAACUUUUACUGGUUGGGCCAACAACUAUUUAAAGGAACGUAUCUUAAAGAUCAAUGAUCUCGGUACAGAUUUGGAAGAUGGUGUUCUCUUGAUCAAUCUUUUGGAAAUUAUUUCCUCAAAGAAGAUCUUGAAAUUCAACAAGACCCCAAAGAUCAGAUUACAUAAGAUGGAGAACAACAAUUUGGCUGUCAACUUUAUCAAGACUGAAGGUCUCAAGUUGGUCGGUAUCGGUGCUGAAGACAUUGUCGAUGGUCAACUCAAGCUUAUUCUCGGUCUCAUUUGGACCCUCAUUUUGAGAUAUCAAAUCCAGAUGGCCGAAACCGACUCUCCAAAGGCUGCCCUCUUGGAGUGGGUUCGUAACCAAGUCCGUCCAUACGGAGUGACCGUCAGCAAUUUCACCGAUUCAUGGUGUGACGGUCGUGUCCUCUCUGCCUUGACCGAUUCACUCAAGCCAGGUGUCUUGGACUUUAACUCGCUCUCUGGUGACUCCUACACCGAUGUCAAUCGUGCUAUGGACGUCGCCUUGGAAGCCUACGAGAUUCCAAAGAUUAUGGAUCCAACCGAUAUGGUCAGUUUGCCAGACGAACUCUCCGUAAUCACCUACGUCUCCUAUUUCCGUGACUACCAAGUCAACAAGGCCAACCGUGACAAGGCUGCCGCCGAAGCUUUGGAGCACAAGAGAAGAACCACCUCUGACGCCAGUCAAGUCUUGGCCUACGGUCCAGGUUUGGAGGCAGGUUUCGUCAACAAGCGUGGUGAUUUCACCAUCAAGGCCAUGAACUACUACGGUGAGCCAUUGGCCAACGGUGGAGAGAACUUCACUGUCAAUGUUGUCGGUGCCGACGGUCAAGUCGUUCCAGUCACUCUCGUUGACAACAAGAACGGUACCUACGACGGUCACUACACUCCAAGCGAACCACAAGACUACACUGUCACCAUCCAACUCGAUGCCGUCAACGUCAAGAACUCGCCAUUCGCCGUCAAGGUCGAUGGUUCCGAUCCAAACGAGUCUAACGCCUACGGUCCAGGUUUAGAGGGUGCCAAGGUUGGUGUUCCAGCUCCAUUCACCAUCCAAGGUCGUAACAAGCAAGGUGACGCCAUGACCCAAGGUGGUGACGAUUUCACCGUCAAGGUCACUGGUCCAGCCGGUGAUGUUCCAUGUCAAGUCAAGGACAACGGUGACGGUUCCUACUCUGCCGUCUACAACCCAACCAAGGGUGGAGAUCACCAAGUUGAGGUCUUCCUCCGUGGUCAACCAUUGGCCCAAGGUCCAGUCCCAGUCCGUGUUCUCAACUCUGACGAGUCCAACUCUUUCUGUGACGGUCCAGGUUUCGAAGCCGCCCAAGCUCGUCGUCCAACUCAAUUCACCAUCCACUCUGUCGGUGCCGACGGUCAACCAUCAAAGGACGGUGGAGAUCCCUUCCAAGUUUCCAUCUCUGGUCCACACCAAGUCGAUGUCUCCAUUUCCGAUAACGAAGACGGUACCUACACUGUUGCUUAUACCCCAGAGAAGCCAGGUGACUAUGAAAUCAUUGUCACUUUGAACGAGAAGCCAAUCAAGGAUAUUCCAAAGAGCAUCCACAUUAAGCCAGCCGCCGAUCCAAACAACUCUUACGCCGAGGGUCCAGGAUUGGAAGCCGGAGAAUGUUUCCAACCAUCGAAAUUCAAGAUUCAUGCCGUCGACCCAGACGGUGUUCCACGUAACGACGGUGGUGACGGUUUCGUCGUCACCGUAGAGGGACCAGCCCCAGUCGAUCCAUAUAUGGUCGAUAACGGUGACGGUACCUACGACGUCGAAUUCGAACCAAAGGUUCCAGGAGAUUACACAAUCAAUUUGACUUUGGACGGUGACACUGUCAAUGGAUUCCCAAAGGUUGUCCGUGUCAAGCCAGCCCCAGCCGCUGGAAACUCAUACGCCAAGGGUCCAGGUCUCAAGGAGGCUUUCGACAACGCCGUUGCUGAAUUCACCAUUUACUCUGUCGAUACCGACGGUAACGCCCGUACCGACGGUGGAGAUCCAUUCGUCGUCACCAUCCAAGGUCCAAACGGUUUGGAAGUCGUACCAAAGGUCGAAGACAAGAACGACGGUACCUACCACGUUGAAUACGAACCAUUGGUCGAGGGAGACUACAACAUCAAUGUCACCCUCCGUGAUACCCCAAUUAAAGAUAUGCCAGUCACUGUCAAGUGCAUCGAAGGUGCUGACGGUGACCACUCGUCAUUCGGUAAAUUCACUUUCACCGUUGCCGCCAAGAAUAAGAAGGGAGAACCAAAGACUUACGGUGGUGAUAAAUUCGAAGUCUCCAUCACUGGUCCAGCUGAAUACAUUGAGUUGAACGCAAUUGACAACCAAGAUGGUACAUACACUGCUGCCUACGCUCUCGUUGGAAAUGGUAGAUUCUCGACUGCUGUCAAGUUGAACGGAAAGCACAUCGAAGGAAGUCCAUUCAAACAAGUCCUCGGUAACCCAGGUAAGAAGAAUGCUGAUGUCCCAUCAUUCACUACUACCGCUACCUCCAACUCGCAGUAA